UGUCUGCGCCCAUUGCCUGUUGUAGAAAAUCGUGUCAAUUAUUAUUCUGAUUUUUUACUGAAAACAAUGGCAUCUCAUGAAGGAAAUAUUUCAGUUCGUGAACGAAGACGGAAAAGAGCACGCAACUUAUUCAUCAAGAAACAUAAAACCACUCCUUCAGGGCAUGACCAUAAGGAAGAAGUUUCCUACUACUUUGAAAAUGGCUUACGGAAAGUGUACCCAUACCCAUUUUACUUCAAGACGUUUGUAAAGGGCCGCUGGAUUGGACGCACAUUAAUAGAUAUCUACUCUACAGAAUAUCAAGGCACAUCAUUGGAGGACCAUGUAACAGUGUCCUUCCUUGGACUUUUUAUUAAAAAUAUAGAAAAUGGAUUGGUGACAGUGGAUGGUAAGAGGGUCACACCAGAGUUUAAGUUGCAAUCCAACCAACUUAUUGAAAACAAACUACAUAGACAUGAAGGGCCUGUGCUGGACACACCUAUACAGAUAAUAGCGGACACAGAAGAUGUGUUAGUGGUCAACAAGCCCUCAUCCCUCCCUGUCCAUCCCUGUGGCCGAUAUCGACACAACUCUCUCUCCUUCAUACUCGAACAUGAGAAGGGAUACACUAACCUUAGAACCCUGUAUAGACUGGACCGGCUGACAUCAGGCGUUCUUAUAAUGCCAAAGAAUGCAAAGACAUCGAGCAAAAUGGAGUCUCAGCUUGAACGAAGGCUGCUUCAUAAAGAAUAUGUUUGCAGGGUGGUGGGAAAAUUUCCGGAUGGAGAGAUUGAGUGUCACGAGCCCCUGGACCUGUUGUCUCGUCGCCUGUCCAUGUAUGGAGUGAAACCCACAGGAAAACCUAGCUCUACAACAUUUACCCGUCUCAGCUACAACGGGACAUCCAGUGUGGUCAAAUGUGUUCCACACACCGGUCGCACCCAUCAAAUAAGGGUCCAUCUGCAGUACCUUGGUCACCCCAUUGUAAAUGACCCACUGUAUAACAGUACAGCAUUUGGAUCCAGCAAAGGGAAGGGGGGAAUCAUUGAACGCUCAAUGGAAGAGCUGGAGAAAAUAAUUGCAGAGACGAACAAUGUAGGUACAUGGGCAAUAGGGGACAAUCCAGACUAUGUAGCCAAGUUUGGUGAAGAUGGAUUGAAACCAGCACCUGCAGACACUUUACCUGUGGAAGAUGAGGAAGAGGAGGCUGAUACUGACAGUGAUGUGGUAGAUGGUGGGGGUGCUUACUUUGAUGAGGACAGGGAAAAGGUUGAGAUUGGUGGGGAUAGUGUUGAUAGUGGUGAAGGUAGAAGUGUUGCUGAUAUGCGUAAAGACUGCAGGGAUGGUUUAAUUGAUGAACAAGCUGUAAUUGAUGAAGUUAAAGAUGAACUGGUUGAGGGUGGAAGAGGUGAUACUAAAGAUAUUGGUAGAACUGAUAAAAGUGCAGAAAACGUGAUGAGCAUGUGUGAUGAAACUGACAUAAAUGUGACUUUAGCUAUAAAUGAUAUUGCUACACAAGAAUUUUCAACUGAGAGACCGUUGAAAAGGCCAAAACUAGAAACAGAUAAACAUACUACUCUGGCAGUUAUAAAUACAGAAAGUGCUCACACUACUAUCACACACGAGAAGCCAGCACGGCCGGUGUUUGAGCGGCGUAAAUUGACGGUGGACCGCCACUGUGACAUGUGCAGAAAGCUGUAUAUGGACCCAAAACCCCAGGACCUGAUCCUAUUCCUGCAUGCUGUCCGAUAUAAGGGUCCUGACUGGGAGUACAGUACCGAGUUGCCACCAUGGGCCCUGGAAGAUUUUGUGGAGACAGAAACCAACAGAACCACGAUACACUGUGCUAAGAACCUUGCCACCAAUGUAUGAACUGUAUGGUAAAUAAACCAGAGUCCUCUAUAUUGUGACUGCCGAUGUAUGAACUGUAUGGUAAAUAAACCAGAGUCCUCUAUAUUGUGGCUGCGGUUGAUUACCAAUACAUGGAUGGAUCUGCUACAAUGGGGCCCAGGGAGAGUUUGUGGAGCCGGAAAUCAGCAGAACUGCUAUAGAAUGUUCUCUGAACUGGGACACUGGGUUGUUGUGAAUGAACAGGAGAUAUAAUGAUUUCUGUUGCUGCAGUUUAGAAUGAGUAAUGGUACCAUACUGUAUUUGUUUGAUAUUUUCAAUUUUCACUCACAGUCCUCGCAAAACAGUCUUCAUAAAAAAUUGUGUUGAUGCUUAUUUCAUAGCCAAACAAAAGCUUUUUUAUAUUUGUUAUUCAUUGAUCAUUUAUUUUAAUGUAAUUUUGUUCAUACAACAAUAUUAAAUAAUUGGUAUUAG